UUGGUCAAUAUUUCAAGAAAGACGGGGCAGUAAUUUGCAUUAUUUUCUAAUUGAAGACGGUUGGAAUUUACUCUCAUUGCAUACCGGUGGUCUACUCUAUACCGAAGCAAAUGUACACUCACAGGUGAACGCUUACAGGUAUAUGUAUCUGGAGACACAUAUUCAGUUCAGCAGACGCCUUUGAGUUACGCUGCAGACGACAAGCGCUCAAAGCAGACGACAAUCGAUUUGAGCGAAAACAUAGACAGUUGACGUUUUUAUUUGAAUGGAAUUCUAAAUGUCUGUACUUGCUGUCGUUAAUCCAUUCAAACUGUGGACAUCACUGCAUAAUUUUGAAUGAUUUUCGAGCAAACGUGACACCGCCAUUUUGUUGGGGUUAAGAAAGCCAUGUUGACUCUUUGGGGAAUGAGGCAGACACUGGGAGACAAGCAAGGGACAACACUUCAACAAUGGCUGACAAUCAUCUGCCUUUCUCUUCUAGGACUUUCAGGGAUUGCACUAGCUCAAGUCAUGCUGUGUGAAGAAAACGGGGACUACAUCGCCGACUUCUACGACCAUUGUAUCUACUACCGCUGCGUCGUCAACCCCGCCGACAAACUCUUCUUCAUCUACAAAAUGCCCUGCCCGCCUGGGACCCGAGUGCGCUCGGAAUUUCUAAAACUGGGGACGUUACACGACGAGGCCCCGUGUGCGAUGAGGAGAAAACGAUCGACGAGGCGCAGGCCCGACCCAUGCGAGCGUCACGCUUGGUCAGCCUGGAUGAACAUGGACGAGGGAGAUGAGGUCGGCGGCGAGGACAAUGAAUUAUAUGACAGACUUGAAACUAAACCGAGUCCCUGCGCGCCAAACCAACCUCCAAUCGCCGCCGAGUGUCGCAGACGAGUGGACUACAUGGACUCUACGGAGACCGGUCAGUACUUCGCCAUCCCCUGCAGCUCCCAGGGGCUACUCUGCAUAGAUGACCACAACCUGCUGACCAUUAAUAAGACAUGCGACGACUACGAGGUCCGUUUCUACUGUCCGUUGGUCUGGCCAGAAGGACAGGAACUUUUACGGCAGAAUGACCUGGUCAGACAAGGGCCGUCUGUCCUGACCGGAAAUGGUCCUGAUGUUGACCCCAACGCCGACGGUGCCACUUCCGGGGUCGUUCAGGGUGAAAAAAUAAGGACGAAAUUAACUGCUGGUGGCCAGCAAGAAGCUGGUUGACACAUUAAUGGCAAUAUAGAGGAUUUGAAAACGCCAAGCGUCAGACGAACAGGGCAUUUCGUGUAAGACAAUUUGGUCAUUAGGGACCAUUUCCAGACCUUAUCGUACUAACUGUGGAUCGAUCUAUCUCC